UGGUUGGCCAGCUUCAACAUAAGGUGUCCGUCUAUCACAUCACCCUAGCGGGAGGCUUCCUGGCUUCACUUGGCCUCGUGGCGUCCGCCUUCGCUCCAAACAUUUCCUGGUUGGCGUUUACGUUCGGCGUGCUUCAUGGAGCUGGAAUUGGCACAGCGUUGCUGGGUUACACCCUGUAUAUCCUUCUCUACUUCAAGAAAUAUAGUGGUACGGCAUUCGCAAUAAUGUGGAUAACGAGGGCUUUUUCCGGAAUAGCUGGCACACCACUACUGUGGCACCUGGCGAACACGUAUGGAGUUGAAGGCUGCCUUCUUUUAACCGGAGGCCUACUGUUGCACGUAGUGCCAUUCACAAUGUUCAUCAGGCUGCCCAGCCCAACUAGAAUACAUUUUUUCGCCUUUACCGAAAGGCGUAGAAAGACAGCACAUAACCUAGAUGCGGAAAACCCUUUAGGCAACUCCAAGGAAAUGCCGUCGGCCCCCUCACAUAAUAUUCCAGAGGUGCUUCCUCCCGCUGACCGCCUGUGGGCAACGACCAGUUCGUUCACAAGCACAUUGGCGAGCAUGCGAACCUGGCAUUUCUACGUGGCUGUAUUCUACUCUGCCAUGUGUGAGUACUUGUUCGGGACCUUUAACGCGACGGUGGUAGCCUACGGUGUCGACAAGGGUUGUACACUCGAAGACAGCAAGCAGGCUGUGGUUUACAACUCCGUGGGACUUCUCGUUGGCCGCGUGGUGAUUCCAUUCGCAACCGACAAAAUUAGCUGCUCUCGUUCCCCAACGGCCGUGGCGAGCUUUUUAGCAGCCGCCAUAUGCUUCGUUGUGCUGACACACGUAUCGACGUACGCUGGCCUAGUUGUAGCGGCUUCAUUCAUGGGAGUCGCGCAGGGCUACGUACUGUGCAUCAAGUCCGUGAUCGUCUCGGACCAUGUGGGCGUGGAAUGCUUCACUUUCUGCAGCGGCUUGGGAGGACUGUUGGCAUUACCACUGUGGCUUUCAGGACCUUCAAUUAUUGGUUUUUUCCGUGAAAUGAACGGAUCGUACGAUUACCUUUACGUCAUGCUUGCCAUCCUGUGUCUGGUACACGCUGUACUGUUGGGGUUGCUGGCGUGGCGAGAAGCGAUGCAGAGAAGACAGCAACGGGAGCAGUCAUCCUACGCGAGUGUUGUGCAAGAUUUAUACCCCAUAAAAGAACUCGCCCCGGUUUGAUGGUUAAGAUAAUGGUGCUGUGCCCACUGACUGGUAUGGCUGGUUCUACUUGAAAGACAGCUCGGCCACCACAGGAGCUUCAAGCAGAUGAAAACGCGACAGAUAACUUGUCUAGACGAACCAAAGCGAGAAAGUCGCGUGUCGUGCACAAAGUACGUCAUGCCAACAAGGUACCAAAUUUACAAGAACGUUCGUUCAUAAAAACUCUUUUGCAAGAACCUACCGUUAUUUCUUUAUGCCGAUAUCGCAACUGACCGACGCGAUUUCUUGCAAACUGGUCUAACGUACGGACUGUUUCGCGAAUGAGAGGCAAGAAUCUUGAAAAGCGGACUAAUGAAAUGUCCAUGAAAGUCUGUUGAAUUCCGUAUGACCGGCAGGCCGGCCACAUGAAAUGGUUUAUUGCUUCCAGGGCUACGCAUCUUCGCCUAUGCUGUGCAAUAAAGGCUGAACUGUAAACUUGAAAGCAUUAGGACGUCACAUUCUGGUAGAUUCUCGGCAACUAGCGUGCUGGGAGAAGUGAACCAAGCGUCAAACAGUUAUGGUUUCUACAGACUGUGUUCAUGGGACUUGUAACGUAAAGUAUUGAAUUCUAAUUUUAUUGCAUUCUUCUGACGUCAAGUUUUUGUAUGAACCAACGCAAGCAUCUGAGGGUGACCCACAUUGUUGUUUGAACCGGUCAAUAAAACUCUCGUCGCAUAUAUGA